AUGAAGAGGGCGCAGGAUGAGGUGAGGGAAGUCUUUAAUAGAAGAGGGAAAGUUCAUGAAGCAGGCAUCGAAGAAAUGAAAUUCUUGAAGCUAGUAAUAAAAGAGACUCUGAGAUUGCAUCCUGCCGGUCCUUUGUUACUUUCAAGAGAAAAUGGAGAGAGAUGUGAAAUUAAUGGAUUCAACAUACCUGCCAAAACUAAAGUCAUCGUUAACGCCUGGGCGAUGUCAAGGGAUCCAAAAUAUUGGGCUGAACCCGAAAGCUUCAAACCAGAGAGAUUCCUUAAUAGUUCUAUUGACUUCAUGGGAAGUAAUUUUAAUUACCUGCCAUUUGGUGCUGGUAGGAGGACUUGCCCAGGAUCUUUCUACGGUCUGGCCAAUGUUGAGAUUGUGCUUGCGAUGUUGCUCUACCAUUUUGAUUGGAAACUUCCUAAUAGAAUGAAGAAAGAAGAUUUAGACAUGACCGAGGUAUUUGGUUUGGCACUUAGAAGAAAAAAUAAUCUGUGUUUGAUUCCCAUUCCUUAUCAUCCAUAG